AAUCUGGUGGCUUUGUGAAUGCGUAAAGUCGUUUUUAAUAUACUGUGUGAGUUUUGAGUAAAAUAUUAUAUAUUUGUGGAAAAAUUUCAACAAAAUUGUACAAAUUUUGUGAAUUUACAAACGGCUGAACUAUAAAUAGUCCUUUGAGAGUAAUAAUAAUUUUACAGCAGUAUGAAACGCAGUGCUUCAGGAGAUUCACCAACCAGGACCAAUCAUUUAGGAAGAUCUUCUCACGGUAGAACUAUUAUGGGUCGCGGAUAUGAUAAUGGUAGCGGAGUUCCAGGCGAUUCUCCCGAACGCAUGUCUCCAGAUCGCCUACGACGUCGGAUAGGAAGGUCACCAAGUCCACGAGCACGUUAUGGUGUUUCACCCCAUCGUGAAGAAUAUUUACGCGGGCCUCCACCAGUGGCGGAAAGACCAACGUACAAAGUGCUAUGUGUUAGUGCUUUGCAUCCUAAAGCUUCCGACGAUUUCAUUAAGGAAACCUUGUAUCGUGAAUACAAGAAAUUCGGUGACUUCAGCAUUCGUAUAUCUCAUGAUUUGGACGAACGUGUUGCUUACGUUUGUUUUAGAACGUCUGAGGAUGCUCGUGAAGCAAAACAUCAUAAACCGCGUAUUGUAUUGUAUGAUAAAAUGGCAUUAGUGGAACCAGUUUACGAAUCUUCUUCACAUAAUGAAUACAGGCCUCGUGGACGUUCGAUAACUCCCCCUGACUACGAUCGAUAUCAUUAUCCACGUUCGCCUAUGGGCCCGACUGGUCCAAUAGAACAUCGUCGACCACCGAUCGAUCCGUAUGACCGUUAUGGACCACCCAUGCAUCCGCAUGGUCGUUCACGGGAAUAUCGUGGACCAAUUCAUCACGAAUAUCCACUUCCCCCACGGGGCCCACCAAUGCAUCGUGUGCCACCACAUAUGCAUGGACCACCGCCCCCACAUCAGUAUGCACCUAUGCGUCAUAUGGGACCUCGUCCACAUGUUCCAUAUGAGAAGCCCGAAAGCAAGAAAGAUAAAUUUCCUAAUUAUUUGCAUCAUGUGCAACCAGAAGACGACCCACUUGCAACAAGGACUCUAUUUGCUGGUAAUUUAGAAGUGAAUAUUUCGGAUGAAGAGUUGCGUCGUAUAUUCGGUAAAUACGGUAUUGUUGAUGAUAUCGAUAUAAAGCGACCCCCACCAGGUACUGGUAAUGCUUUUGCUUUCGUACGUUAUCAAAAUCUGGAUAUGGCACAUCGUGCUAAAAUAGAGCUUUCCGGUCAAUAUAUUGGAAAGUUCCAAUGUAAAAUUGGUUAUGGUAAAGUAACACCAGCUACUCGUAUAUGGAUCGGUGGUCUAGGUGCUUGGACUUCUGUAACACAAUUGGAACGGGAAUUUGAUCGUUUUGGUGUCAUAAAGAAAAUAGAAUACCAAAAAGGCGAGACAUGUGCAUAUAUACAAUAUGAAACCAUCGAGGCAGCCUCUGCUGCAGUGAAAGAAAUGCGCGGUUUUCCUUUGGGUGGACCAGAGCGUCGUUUGCGUACUGAUUUUGCUGAAUUACCUGGAACUACUCCAGCUGCACCAUUUAAAUCAAAGAGCUAUGAUGAGGCACCUGAAUAUAGGCGUCCAGAGUAUGACUAUCAUUAUGAAGAGACACCACAUUAUGCUCCACGAGGUGGGUAUGCACCUUAUCCACCACGAGGUGGUUAUAGGGGUCGCGGUGGCUACCGCGGUCGUGGACGUGGUUCAUACCAUGUCUAUCAUAAUGAUGUGCAUCGUCCAAUUCAUGGCAGUUCUACAUCGUCGAUGCCACCACCUGCUGGAGCUGAAGAUGAAUGGCGUCGUCCGCCAGGCGAUUCAUAUGAGCGAGCACGUUCUGGUUCACGUGAGCCCGGUGCUGAUCGUUCACGUUCACGCUCCCCUCACAAACGCGCACAUUCACCCGAGUCGGACUCGGAUUCUUCUUCACGUCGAAACGGUGCUUUGAGUACCGCACGUACUCUGCCUGAUAUUUCCCGUAAGUGCACUGUUGUAUGGCAGGGCGCACUCAUACUAAAGAGUUCACUAUUUCCGGCUAAAUUCCAUAUGACGGAUGGAGACGCGGAUAUUGUCGACUCCUUAAUGCGCGACGAAGAAGGAAAACAUAACUUGCGUAUUACGCAGCGUUUGCGUCUCGAUCCACCGAAAUUGGAGGAUGUGCAAAAACGCAUUAGCUCAUCAUCGUCACAUGCAAUAUUUUUAGGUUUAGCUUCAUCAGCUGCAACCACUCUGGAGGAUAGUAGCGUACAAACGCGUCCACUACGAAAUUUAGUGUCGUAUUUAAAGCAAAAGGAAGCUGCCGGUGUUAUCUCACUGUUGAACAAAGAUACUGAAGCCACUGGAGUGCUAUACGCUUUCCCACCAUGUGACUUUUCUACGGAACUACUGAAGCGUACAUGCCAGAGUGUAACUGAAGAGGGUCUAAAGGAAGAUCAUCUUGUGGUAGUAGUUGUAAGAGGUGGAACUGCUUAAAAUUGAUAACGCGUAGUCAUUCGCCGAUUUUUUAUUAAUUGUAAAUGACUUUGAGUGCGCUAAAAUAGUGAAUAUGGACAUACUUUUAACGCGUCGGUAGUGAUAUUUAAAUAAUACCGAAGAGUUAAGGUUGAAGCCCUUAAACAUCAAA